GGAGUGGAGUGGAGUAAAAAGGUCAUUUAGUAAUCUUCCUCAAGACUCGUCGUCACACCGAUAUCAAUCCUUCGCCCGUAAACACGAGUCUUGUAGGCGCGAGAAUGCUCGCACGCUGCGUUAAACGAAUUUUUUUCAAAGUUGGCGACCGACAUUACGGAAAAGUUGGAAUUAUCGGAGUGCCUUUUGAGAAGGGACAGAGGAAAGGAGGAGUAGCACUGGCUCCCGAUGUAAUAAGAUCGGCAGGACUUUUGGAUGAAUUGAAAUCCUUAGGACUAGAUGUUCGAGAUUAUGGAAACGUUGAGUACGACCCGUCGGAUAUUAGUGUUGAUAAUAUGUCACAUUUGGGUCAUGUAGCUGGAUGUACACAGAGAUUGUCAGAGAUGGUUCAAUGUGUUUUACAAGAUGGUAGAAAUAUUUUAACAAUUGGAGGUGAUCAUAGUAUAGGAAUUGGUACUAUAGACGGUCACGUAAAGACAAACAAAAAUAUUGCAAUAUUGUGGAUUGACGCUCACGCUGAUUUGAAUACAAAUAAAACUAGUGAAAGUGGAAAUGUUCAUGGAAUGCCAGUAGCUUUAUUAACUUCAGAAUUAGCCGACUAUUGGCCCUAUUUACCAGGAAUGGAUUGGCAGCAACCAAUGCUAUCUAUAAGGAAUGUAGCAUACAUUGGCUUAAGAUCGGUGGAUCGUUAUGAAAGAUUGGUCAUAGAAAAAUUUGGUAUAACUGCCUUUGGCAUGGAAGAUGUUGAAAGAUUUGGAAUUCAUCGCGUCAUACAUAUGGCAUUAAAAAAAAUUGAUCCUGAUAAUAAUAAAUCGCUACAUGUUAGUUUUGAUAUUGACUCGUUAGAUCCACUCGAAGCUCCUAGUACUGGAACUCCAGUUAGGGGAGGCUUGUCCUUGAGAGAGGGCAUACACGCAAUGGAAGAAUUAUAUCGAACUUGUAGACUAAACGCAGUUGAUUUAGUUGAAGUAAAUCCAAAAAUUGGAGAUCAAAAAAGUAUCGAUUUAACCGUCUCUGCUGCAAUACACAUAAUCCAAGCUGGAUUUGGAUACACAAGACGUGGCUUAAAAGUUCCCGAAGGUGUUACAGACAUGCCAUUGCAAACAUUUAGAUAAUAAAACAAAUGCAACUGAAAUUAUUAUUCCUCUUUUAUUAAAACUUUUGAUACUAAAACGUCUCUCUACUUUCUACUACUUAUAAUAUUAACAAUUGGGUUGACAAUUUUCAAUUACCGGAUACUCAUAAUAUAAUUACCCAAGCAUUGGGCUUUUGAAAUUUUCAUCGUCAUCUUUAUCUUUAUUAAUUUUCCAUCCGUGUUUACGAUCAUUCAUUUCUUUGAUCGUAAACAUUGUUAUUGGCUCACUUAAAUAUUUCGUUCCUUCAAAAUGACAAUUCCACUCAACUCUAAAUGCUCAAAUAAUGUAAGUAAAACAUCGA